UGCUGAGCUCUGGCAGCCCCGCCCCUUCCCCCUGGCCUCCCGACCAAUCCACGCCUGAUGCUGCGAGGAGCGCUGGCUGCCUUGGCGCUGGGCUUCGUGGCCGCCUGGGUCGUGAGCCGCGGGUUCGAUCCCCGCUCGUGGUUGUGGCGGACACGUGAUGAGUGGCGGGUGGUGAGCGCCGUCGAAUUGAGCCGCUGCACGGGCGGCUUAGGGAGCGCGGGGCUCUACCUGGCUGUGCUGGGGAAGGUCUUCGAUGUGCAGCGCGGGCACCAGCACUAUGGACCAGGGGGAGCCUACAGCUUCUUCUCCGGAAAAGAUGCCUCUCGAGCUUUCGCGACAGGCGACUUCACUGAAACGGGUUUGGUGGACGAUAUUGAGGGGCUGUCACCGUCAGAAAUGCUGACCAUCCAGAACUGGCUCUCAUUCUACAGUAAGAACUACGUGUUUGUUGGCAAAGUUGCAGGAAGAUUUUACGAUGAAAACGGGAACCCCACGCCUCUCCUACAGCAAGCCCAAGCACUGAUUGACGAAGGGCAGAGGCUGCAGGCCCAAGAGGAGGAGAAAAAGCAGCGCUUCCCAUCUUGUAACGCUGAAUGGCGCUCAGCUUCUGGAAGCAAAGUCUGGUGUUCCAAGGAGAGUGGAGGAAUCAGCAGAGAUUGGGCUGGCGUCCCCAGGAAGAUGUAUGAGCCAGGCUCGCGGGGCAGCCGCUGCGUGUGCGUGAGGACAGAAGGGCCCCCUUUUGAGCCGCCCUCUUCCCACCCGCCCAGCAACAGAGGCGACUUGGACCACCCCAGGCUACAAGAGUACGACGGCUGCCACCCGCUGGCCAACUGGUGUGCUCUAAAAGACUAA